GCACGACACGAUUUUGAAAUUUUAGGGCAGGGGCAAUGUCGCCAUAGCUAUGGCGACUGGAGUUUCGCUGGCGCUACGGCCAGGGCAGCGCCCCUGGCCCUCGUUCCAAUCUCCUCUUGCUUGCGGGGAUAGAUCUCGCGCUAGGGCUCUUCCGCAUUCCUUGCAGCGGCAGCGGCUGCCAAGCUUAUCCUCCAUUUUCGCCGCUCGAGCUGCCUCUUCUUCCACAGGCUCGGAUUAUCAGGAGGCGCAGCAGCAAGGAGAGGAGUAUGCCACCAAGGCGGCGCCAAAGAAGAAGCAGCGCCGGCUCCAAAAGACCUUCCAACAUCUGGCGCACAGGCCGGUGGAGCGCCCGAGAUAUCUCCUCUGGACAUCCUGUGCCGUGUUCGUCUUCCUGAUGCGAAGAGUGAUCUUCGAGGAGCUCGCUCGCUGGCCCGGCUUCUUCGUCGAGCUCUGGGAGCUCCUCAAAGCUCUGGGCAUGCUCGUCGCCAAGCUCCUGGCACUCCACGCGAAGGACACAACAGUGUGGACAGUCACAUACUUUGGCUGGGCGGGGCUCUUCCUCGUCGACCUCUACCACUUCAUCGUCGACUACGCGCCAGUCUGGGGCCUCCUCACCACCAUCGCUCUCACCUCCGCGGUCGUCAGCCUGGGCGAGGCCGUGAGGUCCAAGGCCGCCAACCAGCCAUGGAUCGUCCGGCUCGCCACCCUCGCGGGCCUGGGAGCCUACCUCCACAUCUGGGACUUCGCCGUCACCGCGAUCAUCCUCGCGCUCCUCUCGGCGGCCUCGUAUCUCCGCAACAGGGACGUGGUGACGGCGCUGCUACCAAGCGUGGCGACGCUGGUGGCGGUGGGGAGGCCGAUCGUCCAAGCUCCCGCCAUCGCCACCUAUCUCCUCCUCGCGAUCUACAUGAACUGGGCGGCUCCGGAGAAGAGAGUGGACAAACCCGAGGCCUGGACGUCGCCUCCAAUCCUGGUGGCUUUCGCCAUCGCCAUUGGCAUGAAUGUGGCUGUGAAUUGGCUGCGCUCCCGCCACCUUGUUUGGCUUGCAACUUAGAGCUUGUUUAAGGCGAGCUUAAACUUAAUCACCCUUUUUUGUCAAAUUCUAUAAAAAUAGGCCAAAAGCAACUAGGGUUUGUAA